GAUAGGUAUCAUCGUAGACCACGGUUGGAAUCACGGUUAGAAUUUUUCAAGUUCGCAGUUGAAUUAAGUGGGAAGGAGUUGAAACGGGUGGAAAGAGGUUCCAAUGAUAUCUUUGUCAUACAACAAAAUUAAAAUGCUUGCAUUGAUAUUUUCAUUAGUGUGGUUAGCUAUGAUCGGAUAUGCGCUGGGUAAGAAUCCCAAUUUGCCCGAAAUAAGCCAUUCGAGCGCGAGGCAAGCGAGAUGUGAGUAAUGCCGCAUUCGGCCGAAUCACCGUUUUCCCAUUUUAUACGAUCGGACGUUUUGUGAACGAAGUUUGUACGGGAGCCAAUCAGAUGCUUGGAACUUGUGUGAUACGCGGCGAAUGCAGUGACGGUGGUGGAGUAUCGACGGGUAGUUGCAAUUCAAUUACAAGCCAAGCUGUCUGCUGUGUCUAUCAAUUGACAUGCGGCGGUAGUACAAACUUCAACAAUACCUACUUCUAUAAUUCUGGGUACCCUGGAACUUUUAAUGGAGGAUCAAAAUGUGCGUUAACUGUAAUGCCAUGCAGUGACGAAAUUUGUCAACUUCGUAUUGAUUUUUUGGCAUUUUCACUGGCGCCCCCCAAUGGAGAUGGUGAAUGCCUCACCGAUUUCAUUUCGAUCACAGGUGGAUCAUCACGCGUUCCUCGCAUUUGCGGUGAAAAUGCCGGGCAACAUGUUUAUGUAGAUUUCAAUGGUGUAAAUCCAAUAGAAAUAGCUGUAUUAACGACUGGCAGCUACACGUUCAAUCGCCAGUGGCAGCUUCAGGUAUCACAAAUUGCAUGCAAUUCAGCUUACAGAGCGCCAUCGGGAUGCCUUCAAUACUAUUUGGAUGGCUCAGGAACUAUAAUGAGUUUUAAUUACGCAUCAUCGCCCAAUGGUUUACCAAAUUCAAUAGGGGUUGAGGGUUCUAGACAGUUGGCAAAUCAGAGAUAUGGAAUAUGCAUACGAAUGGGUGCAAAUAAAUGCUCCAUAACAUACAGUCAAAUUUCGUCCGAUAUAUAUUCAUUUACAAUGACUGGAGAUGUGGGUGCAAUUGAUCCUGUUCUUCUGGGAACAGUUGAUGUACAAAGUCAGCAAUGUACUAUGGAUUUUAUUAUUAUCCCAAAUCCUGCACAAGGAGGUGUUCAAUUAGAUAGCGAUCGGUUUUGUGGCUUAGGCUUGGUUCCAACAACGAGCUAUAUGAAACCUUUCGUUCUUUAUGUCGUCCAUGAUGCAAAUGAGAAUACAGAUAUUUCAAACAGAGGAUUUGCGCUCGAUUAUUCACAGGGAGCAUGUCCUGUAACAUAAGUAGAUUGGCAGUGAGUAUUUUAUGAGUAGUGUAAUUAGAAUUAUAUUAAGUGUAAGUGUUUUAGGUUACUAAAUUAUUAUAUUAAAUGAAACAUGAGCAUAUUUUUUAGAGUUUUCUUUGCAAGAAAAAAGGAACAUUUUAAGUGUUUUUAGUUUAAAAACGACUUAACCAAUGUAUCUUUUCUAAAAGCAUAGAUGUUGCCGCCAAUCCUGAAUAUUAUACAUAAUAGCAAAGUAUGAAAAUAAUCAGUGUUCAUAAAAAUCUAUCCUUUAGGAAUGAUAUCCUAGUAUCAUGAUUACUUUUAACUAUGGAAUGAAUUUAGAGACAUGUUGAACUGUAUGAAAAAUUAAGAAAGGGAAUCAUAUGUAGAACUUAGUUAUUAGAACAUUUUAUAAGCAGUGUUUAGGUAAGCAAUUUUAUGUUUUUCUACUAAUAUAUUGCCAUGAUAAAAUUGCCAAUACUAUUGCC